UAUUGAGGAACUGUCGUUUGGAUGUGGAUUCCGAAAUUCAUGUCCUGGAUGUUGGAUUCACGUUCCGGACUAUUGCAAGUUCCAGACCCAUCUGUUGCUUCUACGCAUGCGUAAAGGAAAUGUUAUGGUUUUGGCUGUGUAACGUGGUCACAAAAUUAGUGUGGUCGCGAAGGAGGUAAAUUCAAAGCAGCAAGGAUGGCGAAGCAAAUGUCUUUGAAAGCUGAAGAUUUCAUCGUUAUUGCAGUAUAUUUCUUAGGUGUUCUCAUCGUUGGAGCAUGGUCUAUGUGCAGAACAAAUCGCUCAACAGUGAGUGGAUAUUUCCUUGCUGGACGUUUUAUGACCUUCAUUCCAGUUGGGAUGUCACUCUUUGCUAGUAAUAUUGGCAGUGAACAUUUAGUCGGAUUGGCUGGAUCUGGAGCUGCAGCUGGUAUUGGUGUUGGCGCUUUUGAAUUCAAUGCCUUGUUGCUUUUGCAAUUACUUGGUUUUGUUUUCCUUCCAGUCUAUAUUGCCAGUGGGGUUUGCACGCUUCCUGAGUACAUCCAUAAACGCUUUGGUGGACAUCGGAUUCGGGUUUUCCUUGCAAUGCUCUCCCUAUUGUUAUAUAUUUUUACAAAGAUAUCUGUGAAUAUGUAUUCUGGUGCUUUAUUUAUUCAACAAUCUGUUGGUUGGAAUUUAUAUUUUGCCAUAUUGUUUUUACUGGGGAUGACAGCUCUUUGUACAGUAUCUGGUGGGCUGGCAGCUGUUAUAUAUUUAGACACAUUAAUGGCUACUGUUAUGGUCGGAGGAGCAUUGCUUAUGACUUUUAUGGGUUUCGAUAAAGUUGGAGGGUAUAGUGGCCUUCGAAUUAAGUACAUGAACGCUAUGGCUUCAGAUGUUAUUGCGGGGAACCAUACAUGUGGUGGUGUUCCAAGGCCGGAUUCCUUUGUUAUGUUGAGGGACCCGGGUCACUCGGAUAUGCCCUGGCCCGGUUUUCUUUUGGGCCAGACUCCUGCCUCAAUAUGGUACUGGUGUGCUGAUCAGGUAAUCGUACAAAGAGCAUUGGCUGCCAAGAGCCUAUCGCAUGCCCAGGGUGGCUCUCUUCUUGCUGGGUAUAUCAAGAUUUUGCCUCUUUUUAUCAUGGUGUUUCCUGGAAUGAUCAGCAGAGUCCUUUAUCCUGACGAGGUCGCUUGUGCCAAUCCCGAUAAAUGCUUUGAAAUAUGUGGAAGCAGAGCUGGAUGUUCCAACAUUGCAUAUCCCAAAUUGGUCCUUGGAAUUAUGCCUACAGGCCUACGUGGUUUGAUGAUGGCAGUGAUGAUGGCUGCAUUGAUGAGCGACUUGACAUCAAUUUUCAAUAGUGCCUCUACUUUGUUUACAAUUGAUAUAUGGAAACGCAUUAGAAAGAAUGCUAGCACGAGAGAGCUCAUGAUUGUUGGCAGAGCAUUUGUUCUCGUCAUGUGUGUGAUCGGAAUAUGUUGGGUGCCAAUUAUAACGGAGUUCCAGGGUGGACAACUCUUUAUAUACAUCCAAGCAAUCAGCGCUUAUCUCGCCCCACCAGUGGCCUCUGUCUACCUCAUUGCCAUAUUCUGGAAAAGAAGUAACGAACAGGGAGCAUUCUGGGGUUUAAUGUCUGGCUUUAUCGUUGGUGUCACCAGAAUGGUUCUUGACUUCGUAUAUCAAGCACCCGAAUGCGGUGUAAAAGAUACCAGACCGAUAUUUGUCAAAGAUUUCCAUUACAUGUACUUUGCCUUGAUGAUUUUCCUCCUCACUGGUAUCGUCUGCAUUGUUGUCAGUCUAUUGACGCCAGCCCCGGAUCCAGAAAUGAUUGUGCGGACAACGUUCUUUACACGUCACGACCCGACUAUCCGGUCAGACGAAAUACAAGAAGAGGCUGAAAUGAAGCAGAUCGAUGCGGAGGAGCAAAAGCACCGUGCUGAGCAUGGACAUACGCAUCAAGACAAUGAAUCUGCAUUGUGGGUGAAGGAAAAUGACACUGUCAAUUUGAAGGAAUCGGUUGAAUUCAAGAGUCCGAAACCAUUUUGGAAAAAAGUAGUGCAGUUUUUCUGCGGCAUGUCAGAUGAUAUCGAAGAAGAAAAAAAGACUGCCCAAGAACAGACCGAACACCUCCGCGAAAUCACAUCUCUGCAUCAAGAUAAGAGAGCGAAGAUGUUGCUUUAUGGUAACCUUCUGAUAAUUCUCACAACUGCAGUUUUUCUCUACAUAUUCUUUUCAAUACCUGAUGGUGGGCCUACGGCGCCGACUAUACCAUACGGCAAGAACGCAAGUUUGACGUUGUAAUCGCUAGAACCAAAAUAUGGUCAUUUUUGUAAAAAAAUCAUUUAGUUUCAAGAUUUGGUUGUACAAAGAACACGUUAUUCACUCUCCAUGAUUUAAUAUAAGGUAUCCUCGCUUUUUUGCUUUCCAUGAGACUUUAUUGAUUAUAAAAUGUAUUAUUCAUUGAUCUUUGAUGUAUUUUUGAAGAAACUUUUAGUUGGGGGAUUUUAAUACGCUUCUGAGAAUUUUCAAAUGAUAGUUUUUAAACUCAUUUUUCGAUGCAUUCUACCAUUUCAUUGUAAUUCGUCAUCAACAUACUAUUUGAAAAGAUACAUCAGUUUGCG